AUGGCGGAUAGGAGAGACUUACAAGGCAGAGAUCGAAUACGCGGGGCAUUGGGCUCGAACUCCCCGCAUUCGCCAUACGAUGGUCGGGGUGGUCCACCUCCGCCUAUACGAGCUGGUUUCCCAUCACAUGGUGCUUCCUAUCAGACCCAAGAGCGGAGACCCGGAUGGUCCCAUCAAACUUCCGGCCCGAGUGAUGGACAUCAUGUGCCGAGCACGUCCUCUGGAGUGGGAACAGCAGCGUUCAGCACAAAUGUGCACGAACAGCAACAGCAACCGCAGCCCGGAAGCAGUGGGUUGGGCCGUCUGAAUAAUCGACCUGGUGGACGCAGCCGGCGUCCUCUCGCUGACACGUUACGUACGCGUGGACCCGAUGCGCCAUCGAAGCAUGGCACGACCGGUCAGCCGUUGACUCUGCAGUCGAAUUAUUUUAAACUGUUGAAACGACGAGAGUGGACUCUGUAUCAAUACCAUGUGGAAUUUGUACCACCGUGUGCUAGUCCGCGUUUGAUGCAAUCACUCGUUAACGAGCACAAAAGACUCCUCGGAGGGUUCGUUUUCGACGGCGUUCAGUUGUUCACCGCUUGCAGACUGUCGAACGACGAGUUGGUGUUGCACUCGGAACACGACCGUACCGGGGACAAGUACGAGCUGCACAUUCAACGCAUCACAGUAGUCGACAUGACGGACGAAACCGGCAUACAGGUGCUGAAUCUCAUCCUACGACGAGCAAUGAAUGGUCUUAAUCUGCAGUUAGUGGGUCGUAACUUGUACGACGCCGCAGCCAAAAUCCCGAUCCGAGAAUAUCAUAUUGAGUUGUGGCCCGGCUACAUUACGAGCAUCCGGCAACACGAAGCCGAUGUGUUAGUGUGCUGCGAAAUAGCCCACAAAACGAUGCGCAUGCAGACGUGCUAUGAUAUCCUUCGCGAGUGUCAACGGCACGACCGAAACUUUAAGGAAGCUUUCCGUCGAGCUGUACUCGGAUGUGUCGUGCUGACAGGGUACAACAACAAAACGUACACCAUCCACGACGUUACAUUCGAUACCACCCCAGAGAGUACGUUCGAGACGAAGAAUGGCAAGAUAUCGUUCCUGGAGUACUAUAAAAACAAGUACAACCUACGCAUCCGUGAUGCCUAUCAGCCAAUGCUGCUGUCGAGAGCAAAGAAGAAGGACACCCGGUCAGGGGAUAGCGAGCUGAUGGCACUAGUACCAGAGUUGUGUCAAAUGACCGGACUGACGGAUUCGAUGCGUUCUGAUUUCAAAAUGAUGCGGGCAAUGGCAGACCAUACCCGUUUGAAUCCUGACCGACGCAUCGAACGCCUGGAAACGUUUAACCGACGCCUACAAACAUCUCCCGAAAGCCAGGAAGUGUUUAAAGUGUGGCAGAUGGAGCUCGAUCGCCGGCUAGUGGACUUACCUGGCCGUUUGCUUCCGCAAGAGAUGAUAUUUUUCUCAACUACCUCCAACGGUGUACAAGCGGGUGAGAAUGCCGAUUGGACUGCUCACUUCCGCGAUAAUCCUAUGUUCGCGACGGUCCGACUAAGCCGCUGGUACUUAGUUGUUCCCGCCCGUUGGCAGCGUGAAGCGGGUGACUUUUUGAACUGCAUGAUCACGGCCGCCCGUGGAAUGCGUUUCGAAAUCAGCAACUGCGAGAUGGUGCCGAUGCCCGACGAUAAUCCAACCACGUACGUGCGCACGUUGGACGCCAUCAUCAACAAGGACCCGCAAAUGAUCAUGUGUGUGGUAUCGAACAACAAGUCGGACAGAUACACCGCCAUUAAGAAGAAAUGCUGCGUCGAACGUGCUAUCCCGACGCAGGUCAUGGUCCAGAAAACAAUUACGCCCAAGAGCGGCAACGUACGCACACUCAUGUCUGUGGCCACGAAGGUGGUCAUUCAGAUGAACUGCAAGCUAGGUGGCGUACCAUGGAAGGUGAAGAUUCCCCUCAAUGGGUUGAUGACAAUCGGGUUCGAUGUGUGCCACGAUUCUAAGGAUAAAAGCAAAUCAUUUGGGGCGAUGGUGGCAACACUCGAUCACGACAAUCGAGGGACGCCCAAAUUCUUCUCCACCGUUAGCCACCAUUCAAGUGGGGAGGAAAUUUCCAACUACCUGCCGCUAAACACCGUGAAGGCUUUAAACGAGUAUCGACGAGAAUUUGGUGAGUUACCCAAGCGAAUAAUCUUCUACCGUGACGGAGUCAGCGAUGGUCAGCUGCAGUACAUUUAUGACCACGAGGUUCGCUCGUUGGUAGAAAAACUAGGCCAAAUCUACAAAUCGGCUGGCGUAGAGCAGGAGGUACUGCUCACCUUCUUUAUCGUGAACAAACGCAUCAACACUCGUUUCUUCGACCACCGACUGAAUCCUCGCCCGGGUACUGUAGUGGAUAACGUAGUAACACUUCCUCAGCGCACCGAUUUCUACCUCGUUUCGCAAUCGGUGAAACAAGGCACCGUCUCACCGACGGCCUACAAUGUAAUUUACGAUACAUCCGGACUCAAAAUCGACCAUCUGCAAAUGUUGUCCUACAAGCAGUGCCAUCUGUACUACAAUUGGUCCGGUACAACGCGUGUACCGGCCGUCUGCCAGUAUGCGCACAAGCUUUCCUUCCUAGUGGGCCAGUACCUACAUCAGUCCCCGAGCAACAUGCUCGAAAAGAAGCUCUACUUUUUGUAG